AUGAAGUAUCAUAUUAUUUUUUUUAAUAUUAUAUUCCUAUGUUUUUUCUAUCUAACAUUGUCAGAAGACAAUAGUAAAAAUAUACCAAUAUUAGUACAAAUUGUUUUUAGACAUGGUGAAAGAGUUCCAAUUAAAAGUUAUCCAAAUGAUCCAUAUAGAAAUUGUAGUUGGGGUGUUCCAUUAGGUACUUUAACAAAGAAUGGUAUCCAACAACAAGAAAAUUUAGGUAAAGAAUUAAGAAAGCGAUAUAUUGAAAAUUUUAAAAUUGUUAAUUCAAUAUAUAAUUCAAGUGAGAUACAAGUAAGAUCAACCUACACUAACAGAACCAUUGAAAGUGCUUAUGCAAAUUUAAGAGGUUUUUAUAAUAUUUCAGAUUCAAAAAAUAUACCUAUUUUAACUGAUUUUUUUGGUAUUCCAUUGCCAUGGACUGGGGGUUCAUCAUGUCCAAAAUAUAAAAAAAUGUUACUUGAUAAAAAAACAUCAUAUGAGACAAAAUUUUAUCAAAACAAUAAAAAUUUUUUAGACAUUUUAGCUAAAAAAGCUGGUUUUGAAAAAAUGUUAAUGAACAAUGUUACUACUUUAUAUGAUACAAUAUAUAUUCAAAAUAAAUUAAAAUGUCCAAUACCAAAAUGGUUAACAAUAAAAGAAUUUUAUACAUUAAAAAGACUAACAAAUCAAAUAUAUAGACUUCAAGAUGGUUUAUCUUCUUUUGAUUUUCCUGAAGAUGUAGAACUAAUAAAAAUUAAUGAGGGACCACUUUUAAAAAAUAUUAUAGAUAAUUUUGAUAUUAAAGAAAAAAUUUUAAAAAAAAACCUGACUAUUGAAACAUUAAAUGAUAAUAAACAAUUAAAUUCAAACUUCAAUGAUACUAUUACAUAUGUUAUUUUUUCAGCUCAUGAUUAUACUCUUGCAAAUCUUUUUGCAAUAAUGGGUAAUGAAGAUUAUAUAAAUAGUAAUAUGUUAUAUUUUGAUUUUACUGCAGCUUUAUUUUAUGAAUUAUAUAUAAAUGAUAAAAAUGAAUAUGAAAUUAAAAUACUUUUUAGUGAAAGAGAGGGAAAAAAUAUAAUUGAUAUAACUGACAAAAUUAGAGGAUGUAAAAGAUCAAAAAAAUGUUUAUAUAAUGAUUUUAAAAAUGGUGUUAAUAAAAGAAUUCCUGUCAAUAUAAAAGAAGAAUGUGACUUAAAAUAA